AUGCAGACUUCGCUUAAACUGUUAUCAGGCGGUUCGAUUCCGAUGUUGGGUUUGGGAACAUGGACCGCACCUCCAGGCUUAAUGAAAACCGUGAUUUUCUCGGCCCUGAAAGCUGGAUAUCGACAUAUAGACGCUGCUUUCCUGUACGGCAACGAGAAAGAUAUUGGUGAGGCUCUUGAGGAAUCCAUGAAGAAGUUGCACAUUAAGCGUGAAGAUAUUUUUAUCACAACAAAAUGCUGGUGCACACAUUUAAGGCCGGAAUAUGUCAGAGAUUGCUGCCAGACGAGCUUAUCGGAUCUCAGGCUUCUCUACGUUGAUUUAUAUCUGAUUCACUGGCCUGUUGCUUUCCAAGUAUGUAUGCGGAUAAUAUUUCCACUAGCUGAAUUAAAGCACAGUGAUGUGAGUUUUCCUAUGGCUUCAAACGGUCAAGAUUUCCUGGUGGAUGAUGUUCCACUUCUGGAUACAUGGAAAGCCAUGGAAAGCUUGGUGGACGAAGGCAUGGUCAGAGCGAUCGGUUUGUCAAACUUCAACCGCCGCCAGAUUGAUAAAAUAAUGAAUGGCGCACGCAUAAAACCGGUCAAUCUACAAAUCGAAAUUAAUGCAAACUUUCCUAACACAAAAUUGGUUGAGUACGCUCAGGCUUCCGGGCUGACUGUCACAGCGUACGCACCCCUUGGAUCGCCUUCUGCAGCCGUCUGGCAAGAUCUGAUUCAAGGGU